UGGGGACUUUCCCUCUUCACAUUGGUCCAGUCCCAACACACAUCUGUGGGGGCCCCUUAAUGUCCGUCAUCUAAAAAUGGAAUCACCCAAUGGUAAUCACAGACCACCCCCGAAUAAAACGGAUUGGAAUGAGUGGCGGCUACUAUUAUCGGAUGUCAAGCGCCAGUGGCCGAGAUAUUUUAAUUCCCUCACCGAAUUAACGAUGCAUUUCGGUGUGAAUUUGUUUUGCUUUGAAAUUGUGGUGGAAUGUCGAUGAAUCGGUGAAGAGUUGGAAAUUUAAGGCCAUGAAAGAGAGCUACAGAAAACCCAAAAUACAGUCCUAUAGUAAGGAGCAAGCAACUAUCUAAAAGAAGACCCUUUUAAAUUUAUUUGGGUUCGAUUUUGGGCCCAAAAUCUCACCUGAACCGCUCCUGUCAUCCAUUGUUUUGGGGGCAUCCGACGAUUCUUUGGAUAAUUGAGCUCCACAAACACACAAAAUAAUUGAAUUAAAAUCAUUAUGGGAAUUACCAUGGUCCACUUCUUGGCCCACAGCAACGGCGGAACAGUAGCCAACUUCUGGCCAAGCAGUACGGACACGGACACGGACACGGAUACGGAUACGUGGCUUGGGAGAUCCGAUUGAUUCUCCAUAGAGACAGGAGCAUUAUGGUACUGCUGGAAGAGUUCUGUGUGAAGGUGUACUUCUGGCCGUUCCUCUCGUACCUGGCCAGCAUCAAGGGAUGGUGUCCGGUGUAUCCGCCAGGUUACUAUCCCGUGUACACGUGGCCACAGCCACAACCGCCUUUGUUGCCACCGCUGCCACCGACUGGUCCACUAAUACCGCCUCCACCUGCUCUUCCGUCCACACCUCCAGGGAUACCGACGUUCCAGCCAACGCCACCGUACCCACAGACACCGUUCACCCCACCGCUGAUCACGACGAGCAGCACCAGCUCCUCCACUUCCACCACAAUAGCGACUACCAGCACCACAACGGGUGUGACGACAACUAGCACCGCGGGAACCACCCUGCCCGUGCCCACCUGCCCGCCGCAGCCAUUGGUGUGCCUGCCCGGAGGCGUGCGUCCGCUUCCCAACUGCCCCUGCAUCGAUCCUCGCCAGAAUGCGCCCCUGGUGGCUGCCACCGGUCUGAUCGCCCAGACCUGCUACGAUGCUCGCUCCCGGCCGGGCAACUGCCUGGCCCUGACCUCCUGCUCCCACCUGGUGGAGGAGUACCAGAGCCAGGUCGGCCAGUCGGCAGGCUCCAACGACUUUCGGUCGUUUCUGGGCCAGUCCAUAUGCGGCUUCGAUGGCUCCACUUUCAUGGUCUGCUGUGCCUCGGAUCGGUCUGCAAAUGGCAGGAGUAGAAAGGAUCUACUGGUGACUACCACUGCACCCGUGGGCUUCUUUCAUUUCUCGCCUCUGGGAGGCGGCACCACCACCGGCAGUCCACCUGUGUUUCAGCCCACACCACCGCCGAUGCAGGGCCAAGUGGUGGUCAGACCCAGUCCUAAUCUUCCUGCUCUAGCUCCGGCUCCGGCUCCGGCUCCACCUCAACCCCAACCUCAGAUUGCGCCCCAACAGCAGCUGGUCUGUGGCAUCAGUGGAGCCACCUCGAACCGCGUGGUGGGCGGCCAGGAGGCUCGAAGAGGAGCCUAUCCCUGGAUUGCCGCCCUGGGCUACUUCGAGGAGUCCAAUCGGAAUGCCCUGAAGUUCCUCUGCGGCGGCAGCCUCAUCCACUCGCACUACGUGCUCACCUCCGCCCACUGCAUCAACGGUCUGCUCACUCUGGUCCGCCUGGGGGCUCACGAUCUGUCCAAGCCCACCGAGGCAGGGGUCAUGGACUUUCGCAUCCGUCGCACUGUUGUCCACGAGCGCUUCGAUCUGACGUCCAUUGCCAAUGACAUUGCCCUGAUCGAGCUGAGUGGAGUAACAGCGCCACUCACUGGUGAGUGGGGAGCAGUGACUGAUCUCUCUCUGUCUAAUCCCAAUUGAUUUCCAGCCAACAUAGCGCCCAUCUGCCUGCCCGAAGCGGCCAAGUUCCUGCAGCAAGAUUUCGUGGGCAUGAAUCCCUUCAUUGCCGGUUGGGGGGCCUCCAAGCACCAGGGACCCACGUCCCAGGUUUUGCGCGAUGCCCAGGUGCCGAUCGUGGCCCGUCAGAGCUGCGAGCUGAGCUACAAGUCCGUGUUCCGGUUUGUCCAAUUCAGCGACAAGGUGAUCUGUGCUGGCAGCUCCAGCGUUGAUGCCUGCCAGGGGGAUUCCGGUGGACCACUCAUGAUGCCGCAGCUGGAGGGCAGCGGCUAUAGGUUCUACCUGCUGGGCCUCGUCUCGUUCGGCUAUGAGUGUGCGCGACCCAAUUUCCCAGGGGUCUAUACGAGAGUCGCCUCCUACGUUCCAUGGAUCAGGCAGCAGAUCUCAAUGGGGUAGGGGAGCGCCAAAAACAGCUCACUUACAAAACGGGGAGUAUAGGCGGGGUAUAGGUACAUACAUACAUAUAUGUGUUAAAAUAAAGAAUACAGUAAAUUGCA